AUGGGUGUGCAAGAGGACCUCAACGCCCUCAAGAAACAGAGGGGAAUUGCUAAAGGAAAGUUCACCAGGAAGGUAACUCUAUGUAAAGAAGGAAUAGACAGAGGUGAUGAUCUAUUAGUGUUGAAGACUAACUAUGAGGAAGUAAUAGAAGCAUUUAAGUGUUUAGUGUGUAAGAAUGAUGAACUGAUACAAUUUAUAUCUGAUAAUGAGGAUAAAUUAGAAAAUAAAAACCUGGGAGAAGAGGCUGAACAAUAUAUUUUAGAUAGUGAAAGAUUAAAGAAUGAACUGUGUGCUAAGAUAUUCAUGACAAAGAGUGAGGAGAAGGCAACAGACAAACCAAAGGUUAAGGUAAAGAGAUUUGAACCUCCCAAGUUUGAAGGUAAUUUAAGAGAAUAUCCUACAUUUAAAGAGGAUUAUAAGAACUUGGUUCAAAGUGAAUAUGGUACUGAUCCAUAUGCACUCAAAAUGUGUUUAGGUGGGGAGGCACUCCAGACAGUAAAGGGCUCGGAAGGUAAUUACAAUGAAAUGUUUAAGCGGUUGGAUGACAAAUUUGGUAACCCAAGGAAAAUUGUAGACUUGGUGAUAAGUGAUCUCAAAUCUCUGAGGAAGAUAUCAGAUGGUGAUACUAAAGGGUUUGUUAAAAUGGUUGAUCAGGUUGAACAAUGUUGGUUAGAUUUAAAAAGGGUAAAUCUAUCUGAUGAACUCAACACAGCUAAUGUUGUUAGCCAUAUUGAGAAAAUUCUGCCUUCACUACAAAAAAGAGAAUGGGUAAUUAAAGCAAGUGAUAUCUCGGUCACUGGUGAAUUGUUUUCUGAGCUGUUGGGUUUCUUGCAGAAAGAAAGGAAGGUUUUAGAGUACAUGAAUUCAAAUGUAAGAACUAGUACUAGUGAUUGUAGAGCAACAGUACAUCAUGUUGAAAAUGUGGUCGAAAACAAUUCGGAGUCAGAGUUGGUUAAGCUGAUGGGAAAAUUGAAUGAAGAACAACAGAGCAAGAAUAGAGAAUUUGAGUCAUGCAUUGUAAAGUUGAAUGAAAUGAUAAAGGGUAUUAAAUACAAGGAGAACAAUAUAAGUAUGGGUUGUUUAUUACACAAUUCAGAGAGUCAUGAUAUAACAAAUUGUUUCAAGUUCAAGGACUGUAAUAGCAAAGAAAGAUUUGAUGUGAUUAAGAGGAAUGGUAUAUGUUUUAGGUGUUUAAAGGGAUAUCAUUCAGCACGUGGGUGUAAAGUAGGCAAAUUGUGUGAUGUAGUAAUUGAAGGCCAAGGAUCAUGUAAUCGGAAUCAUCAUCCACUUUUGCAUCAAGACAGAAUAGAAAGCAGUUCUCACAAUGCAGUAAUGGAGAAGAGAGGCAAAGCUUUGUUGAAUAUUAGUACGGUGCAUAGUAAAAAUCUGCCCAUCACUAUAUUGUGGGAUCCGGGUUCAGAUACUUCUUUAAUUACUUAUAGGAUGGCCAAGAAGUUAGGAUUGAGUGGAAAGGAUGUAAAUUUAUCUCUGGUCAAGGUAGGCAACACGAUUGAAUAUCAAUCAAGUAAAACAUACUGUGUACCAUUAACUGAUAAGAAUGGUAAAGUUUGGAAUGUGGAUGCUGUCGGUAUGAAUGAAAUAUCUUCCAAAAUCAAAAGGAUUGAUUUGUCCAGAUUACCUGAACUUUUUGUAAGAAUCUCGAACGUAGAGGUGGAUCUCCCAUAUGGGGAAAUUGAUAUGCUCAUCGGUACAGAUUGUUGUGAAAUACUGCCAAGGGUUGUUGAAGACAAUAAGGGCAUUCAGUUACUGGAAAAUCAAUUUGGGUUCAGCAUUCGAGGUAGACAUGACAAGAUUACCAAUGGAUCUAACACCAGCAAUCAUAUACUUGUGAGAACUCACAAACUGUCUAGUCUCGUAGAUUUGAAGGAAAGUAACAUAGAGUCAACAGAUAGCUUAAAGACUAAAUUGGAUAAAUUCUUUGCCAUGGAGGAAAUGGGAACAAAAUGUAAGCCACAGUGUAUAAAGUGUAUGUGUCGAGGAUGUCCUGAACCUAAUUGCAUAAAUUUAAAAGAAGAACGAGAACUAGCAUUGAUUGAGGAAGGAUUGUUAUAUAAUGAGGAGCAGAAAUGCUGGUUAGCAAAGUAUCCAUGGCUAAGGGAUCCAAUGCAUUUGAAAGACAAUAUUAAAGUAGCUAAUGCUAGAUUAAAAACAACAGAGAAUAGAUUGAAGAAACUGGGCAAUGAAUAUGCCAUGAAGUAUCAGAGAGAGAUAGAAGAUAUGAUUCAUAGGGGAGUGGCGAGGAAAUCAACUAAGGAAGAGAUACGAGAAUAUAAGGGGCCAGACAUCCUGAACAGCUUACUGGGAGUUUUAUUUGGGUUUAGACAGAAUAAUAUAGCUAUAGCAGGCGACAUAGCUAAAAUGUACCAUACUGUCAAGCUCAGCACAAUGGAUGAACAUACACACAGAUUUUUAUGGAGGGAUUUGGAUGACAAGAAACCACCUGAUCAGUAUGCUCUUACCACAGUAACGUUUGGAGAUAAGCCUAGUGGUACCAUAGCUACGCUAGCGUUGAGACACACUGUAGAGAAAUUUGGCAAGGAAUAUCCAGAUGUGCAAGAUAUGAUUAUUAAUAAUACUUAUGUUGAUGACAUACUAUAUUCCACUGAUACCGUUGAGAAUGCAUUCAAGUUAAUACAGGAUGCGGAGAAGAUAUUGUCUCAGGGAAGUUUCAGAGUUAAACAUUGGAUUGUCAGUGGGCAUUAUGAAAGCUGCAAGGUCAAUGUGAUAAAAUCUGACCAUGAGAAGAUCUUAGGAUUGAAAUGGAACCCGUUGGAGGAUCAUUUUUUCUUUACGGUAAAACUUAAAUUUUCUUCAAGAAUAAGAAAGGUCAGAAGUGGUCCAAAUUUAAAUUCAGAUGAAAUUGAUGAUAAAUUUCCAGAACAUUUAACACGCAGAAUGCUAUUGAGUCAAAUUGCAUCAAUAUAUGAUCCAUUAGGGUUUGCUGUACCAGUAUUGCUCAAAGCUAAAAUUUUGAUGAGACUCGUGAUUUCCAAAGGUGAAUCGAAAGAUGGCGGAAUCAAGUGGGAUAAUCCACUUGAUGUUACAAGCAUGCAAAUUGGUGAAGAUGAAUUUGAGUCACAUCUGAUAGCAGCUAGAAAUAAGAUUGCACCAAUAAAGCAAAUGUCCAUUCCUAGGUUAGAACUAUGUGCAGCUCUUAUGGCUGCUAGAUUAAGAGAAUCUAUAUUAAAGGAGUUUACAUGGAAGUUUGAGGUAAUUUACCACAUAGUUGACUCAUCAAUUGUAAGAUCACAAAUCCAAAAGGAGAGUCACGGAUUCAAUACCUUUGUUGCAGUAUGCAUAGCAGAGAUAAAAAUCAAAACUGACCCAAAGGAAUGGUGGUGGGUCGAUUCAACACAGAAUAUCGCCGACAUGACCUCAAGACCAUGCAAAUCAGAGAAAAUUGGGAGAGAGUCUGACUGGCAAAAUGGACCCAAGUUUUUAACUUUACCAACUAAUAGAUGGCCCAUCAGUUCAAGGGAUUACAGAUGCAGAGACAUUAUGGGUCAAAGAAGUGCAAAAGAGCAUGACUGA